AUGACUCGUGGCCCCUACAUUGUUCCGGCGCUCAAGAAGCACACUGCCACUGUCAUCAUGGCCCACGGGCUGGGAGAUAGUGGUGCCGGAUGGAUGUCCCUUGCCCAGACCUGGCGCCGCCGCGGCAAGUUCGACGAGGUGUCCUUCAUCUUCCCCAAUGCGCCCGACAUCCCGAUCACAGUUAACUUCGGCAGGCCCAUGCCUGGGUGGUACGACAUCUCGAAACUUGGCGGUGAUUUGGAAUUCGAAGAAUUCCUUAAAAGCCAGGAUGAACCAGGGAUUAUCCGCUCCCGCGACUACUUCAAUAGCCUCAUCGAGCAAGAGAUGGAAAAGAAUAUCAAGGCUUCACGUAUCAUCCUGGGCGGGUUCUCCCAGGGAGGUGCGAUGUCCGUGUUCACCGGUGUGACCAGCAAGGAAAAGCUCGGUGGUGUUUUCGGUCUAUCAUGCUACAUGCUAUUGAGCGACCGGAUUAAGAACUACCUGCCCGAGGGGUGGCCCAACAAGAAGACGCCGUUUUUCCUUGCCCACGGCCUCGAGGAUAACGUUGUCCCAUUCGCAUCUGGCAAGACUUCGGCAGCUAAACUCAAGGAACUCGGCCUAGAGAAUGUUUCCUUCAGCCAAUACGAAGAUCUUGGUCACUCGGCGACCCCCGAAGAAAUCGAUGAUCUAGAGAAGUUCAUUGAGAAAGCCCUCGCCACUGAAGGAGAGGGUAGUGCUUCUGCUGGCUUAUGA